GAACACUGCGAUUGCCUCGCAAAAUCCACUCCGUUUCUUGGCCAGUUUGUUUUCUCGUAAUACUAGGUUUAUACCCGAUGAUAGCCGAUAUUAUCUUACAGGAUAUGGAAAAGGAUAUCGUGGAUCUGGUUGACGGUAUUGGAAUGCAACAAGAGCGCAUCGGAGUGACAAUAACCCAAAAUCGUUGUCACAGAAAUGACACGAUCGCGUACGACAUCGCGGAAAGCGCGCUACUCACGAUCGAUACGAACACCCUGUUCCCCACUGGUAUACCACGCGAUUUUUCCAUUUUGGUCGUUGCCAAGCCAAAAAUCGGAUAUCCAGUUGCCACGCUGUUUGCCAUCUACAACGACAGUGGUGAGGAACAGUUGGUGUUAUCAUUGGGCAAUGACGUCAUUCUUUACUAUAGCACAACUCCGGAUGACAAAGGCAAGGCAAUAUCGUUCGGGAUUGAUAUUUCCGAUGGCAAAUGGCACCGUUUAGGAAUCAGUAUUAAAGGGAACACCGUCACUCUGAUUCUUGACUGUGCUCGGCAAAUUUCGAAAGAGCUGCGAAGAAACCUUGACGAAAGGAUCGACAUCAAUGGCAUCGUAAUCAUUGGCCAACAGAUCGUGGAUGGCAAUAUGUAUUUGGGUGGCUUGGAGAUGCUGAAGAUUGCCCCGAUCCCGGAUGCGGCUUACGAAAUCUGCACGAUUUUCGCGGCUGACUGUAAGAAUCAUACGAGACAUAGAUUCACGACCACGCGUAAUAAUAAUCCCACGAUUCGUACCACUUAUUACGAGGACGCGAGUCAAACAAUCCGAAGUUCCAGCUACGCGGGUGAAGCAUUCUCAACUACUAGAUCGUAUUACGAAACAAAUUACAAUAAUUUAAACUCGUCUCAAAAUUAUGGCAGAAUAUCGUCUACGAUAUCUAAACUAAAUGUUUCGUAUAACGAAGAAAGUGAGAAUCUAAAGAAGACGGAUGAAGAGAAGGAAGAGAACGGAAGCGAGGAAGAGAACUCAUGGAUCGAAGAUAACGACGAUUAUAAUUACAGGCCUGUGAAUAAGUCAUACGCUUCGAGAUCAACCACGGACACUCAUCUUCGUAAUCAAAGUGCUAUGUUUUCCAACAACAUUGACGGAACAACGAUAGAUCGUUACGAAACGACACCUGCACAAAUUCCUGAAAUUUCCGAUAAUUUAAUCGGAAAAAUUCGGGACGGAUUGAAAUAUACGGAGUCUUCUUCGGAAGGAUCGUACUACGGCUCGAGUUAUUAUAAUAGCAGGGGUCCACCUGGACCACGAGGAUUUCCAGGACCACCAGGUGUGGCCGGGCCGUCCGGUAAAAAAGGGGAGCCGGGAAGAGAUGGGUUGGCAGGUUUACCCGGUGUACCUGGUUCACCGGGAAACGUGUUCAUAAUACCGACAUUGAAUCAGCAAGGUAACGAGAAGGGACCGGAUGCUCAGAUGGAAGCUUUGAGGCAAAUGCUUUCGCAGCAUAUGAUAGCUAUGAGGGGUAGCGAGGGUCCUAUGGGCCUGACGGGUAUCUCUGGGCCCGAAGGACCUCCAGGACCUCAAGGCCAGAAAGGAGAACCUGGCGAAAUUGGCGAGCCUGGCCCUCGUGGAGAAAGAGGUAUUCCUGGAAAUACUGGUAGGGAGGGUAGACGAGGUCGACCUGGUAGAGACGGGGAACGAGGUUUAAGCGGAGUACCGGGGAUGAAAGGAGAGCAAGGUGUACCUGGAUUGCCUGGAUUGCCAGGAGAUAAAGGGGAAAGAGGAGCUGUGGGUGCUACCGGGGAACAAGGUUUGCCAGGUCACGAGGGAAUGCAGGGUGACGAUGGUCCACCAGGUUUGCCAGGUUUACCCGGUGAAAUGGGUCCAAGAGGAUUUAUAGGGCCACGAGGUUUUCCCGGAUUACCAGGAAAUCCUGGUAUUCCUGGAACCGAAGGUCCGCCAGGAGCAAAGGGCAAUACUGGACCACCUGGUCCUCCAGGCUCACCAGGCUCUCCGGGUCCAAUCGGAGCUGUAGGUCCACCAGGACCUCAAGGUCUUCUGGGCCCGACUGGUUUAGUGGGGCCACAAGGAAAGCCUGGAAUUCCUGGUCUGUCAGGAGCAGACGGAUCGCCUGGUCAUCCUGGAAAUCCAGGCAUUCCUGGGACGAAGGGUGAACAAGGUCUGCAGGGUCCGCAGGGUCCGAUAGGUUUUCCAGGAGUUCGCGGUAUUAAAGGUGACGAAGGAAAACGUGGAUCGCCCGGCGAACGCGGAGAAAAAGGUGAAAAGGGUGUGGAAGGGGAGAAAGGUGACGUUGGCGCGAAAGGGGAGCCUGGAUUAUCAGGUCCGCAAGGAAUUCCUGGACUGGAAGGUCUGGAAGGGCCUAAAGGUUUUGAAGGGCCGCGUGGUGAAAGUGGACUGAUUGGACCGCCAGGUGAGAAAGGAAAAACUGGUCCCCCAGGUUUUGUUGGAUAUCCAGGAAAUCCUGGGGAGAAAGGUGAUAAAGGUCAACUUGGAAGAGAAGGUCCUAAUGGAGAUAAAGGAGAAAGGGGUACUAAUGGCGCACAAGGGGAACGUGGUGAACCAGGUCCCAGAGGAUUUAGAGGUGCUCGUGGUAGAAGAGGAGCUGAAGGAUUGCCAGGACCGAAGGGUGACACUGGACAACCAGGCCCCCAAGGAUUGCAAGGAGAACCUGGCCCACCAGGCAUCGAAGGACCUCGUGGAUUUGUAGGAGCUCCUGGCCAAAUUGGUCUCAAUGGAAAAGAUGGUAUUCUUGGUCCUCCUGGAGAACGAGGGCCAGUGGGAGAUUCUGGACCGCCAGGUCCUCCAGGCGCGCCUGGCGUUAUUGGGCCGCAGGGACCGGCUGGUGAACCAGGCCAACCAGGAGAACCUGGAAGUCCAGGAAAUCCAGGAGUACCUGGAGAAUUAGGUCCGCCAGGGCAGCAAGGAAAAGAAGGACCACAAGGACCGCCUGGUCUUCCUGGAAAAGAGGGUCUACCAGGUCCUGGUGGCUUACCAGGAUUUCCUGGCGAACGAGGGCUAAGUGGUUUACCGGGAAUGCCAGGUAUAAAAGGAGAGAUAGGACCACCGGGUCUUCCGGGUCCAUCAGGCGAUAAAGGCGUUCAAGGUGAACCUGGAAAAGAUGGUGAACCUGGUCCUCAGGGAAGCCAAGGAUCAAAAGGACCUCCUGGACCAAUUGGUUUAAAAGGAGACAGGGGUGAAUCUGGACCGAUCGGUCCUAUUGGACGAGAUGGCUUACCAGGGCAACGUGGCUUGCCAGGUUCUCCUGGUCCUGUUGGGGUUCCAGGAGAAGACGGUGACAAAGGAGAUAUUGGACCACCCGGGGAAAAAGGAUUUAAAGGAUCUCAAGGGGAAACGGGUCCUUCAGGACCAAUUGGCAUACAGGGAAUUCGCGGAGAACCUGGGGCUAUCGGUUUGCCAGGUGAGAAAGGGCCACCAGGAGAAAUUGGAAGACAAGGAGCAAAAGGGGAAGAUGGUCCUGUUGGAGCAUCAGGACCUCCUGGUCCUGUAGGACCGCAAGGAUUGCCCGGUUCACAAGGAUUAAAAGGAGAAAUGGGGGAUACGGGAUUAGUUGGCCCCGUAGGACCCGCGGGAAGUCCAGGUGUACAAGGUCCAAGGGGUCCUAAGGGAAGCGAAGGUUUGCAAGGUCCCUCAGGGCCGGAAGGUCUUCAAGGACAAAAGGGAGAAGCUGGAGCACCAGGAUUACCAGGCUCGAUAGGUCCAGAAGGAAAACCAGGUGAAAGAGGUCCUCCAGGUCCGAAAGGAGAAGAAGGAAAGAGUGGUCCUCCAGGGCCGCCCGGUGAACGCGGUAUAAAUGGUCCGGAGGGACCAAAGGGUAAUGCAGGACCUCCUGGUUUCCCUGGAUCACCGGGAGAACCGGGUUUAAUUGGUGUGAAAGGGGAUUCUGGAAAAGACGGUGAGGAUGGCAAAGCUGGAGAUCCUGGACCACCGGGAGAGAUUGGGCCUCCAGGAAAAGAGGGUCUACCUGGCCCUCCUGGAAAACAAGGAUCUGAGGGACCAGCGGGAGUGCAAGGAAGUCCGGGUUCGCCAGGAGAGAAAGGAGACAUGGGUCCUCCUGGUGCACAGGGAAGUCCGGGAUCUAUAGGGCCUCAAGGUCUUCCUGGGCCAUUUGGUUUGCCAGGUGUAAGAGGGCUUCCAGGGCUUGCUGGAGAAAAUGGUCCCCCCGGGAUGGCAGGAGCCAUUGGCGCCCCAGGAAAAGUUGGACCGAUUGGGCCCAAGGGUCCAAAGGGUGACAGAGGUAAACGAGGACUCAAAGGACAUCGAGGCGAAUUAGGAGAUGCUGGUAUGAAGGGAGAAGAGGGGGAGAAGGGGGAACAAGGACCACGAGGCGUUCCGGGCUCCGAAGGUCCCAAGGGUAACCAGGGGCCACCAGGUUCGAUAGGGUUCAAGGGAAACGAUGGACCUCCAGGACUUCCUGGAAUAGAGGGACUGGUAGGACCCAAAGGUAGUGCUGGAAACGAUGGGCCAAAAGGUGAAACUGGUCCUCCGGGUCCUCCAGGUCCUCCUGGACCACCCGCUGAGCAACCAAUGAUUCCUCCGGAACUGUUGUUCACGAAAGAACAACUUUUGGAAAAUAAGGAUGAAGAGGAGAAAAAUUCGGAAAGUUUGAACAAAGAUGAUCACGUUGAAGAGGAAUUAGGUCCCAAAUUCUUGGAUAUGUACAGUUCUAUAUACGCUAUGAGGCAAGAAUUGGAUCGAAUACGUAAACCAAUUGGAAGUAGAGAAAAUCCUGCGAGAACUUGUAAGGAUCUGUUUUACGGCCAUCCCCAUUUCCACGAUGGUUGGUACUGGAUCGAUCCAAAUUUAGGAAUGGCGGACGAUUCUGUAUACGUUUAUUGUAAUAUGACGAAUAUGGGCGAAACGUGCGUGUAUCCAGAUAUUCAUACGAGUCAAAUGCCAAAUAUACCAUGGAGAAAGGAAAAUAAUAAAACUGAUUGGUAUUCGAAUUUACGCGGGGGAUUUAAAAUUACAUACGAAGCUAUUGGAGUAGUGCAAUUAAAUUUUCUGCGUUUACUGAGUCAAGAAGCUUAUCAAAAUUUCACUUACACUUGCAUUAACAGUGUUGCCUGGUACAAUAUUUUGAAUUUUAACUAUAAUUCCUCCAUACGACUGCUUGGUGCGAACGAGGAUGAAUUUUCAUACACCGGUAUCAAGCCACAAAUCGUAAUGGACAAUUGCAAAACGCGUAAGAACAAAGGUGAAACGGUGCUCUUAAUUCAGAGUAAAAAAUUGCAACAGUUACCAUUGGUGGAUUUUUAUCCUAUCGAUUAUGGAUUACCUCAUCAGGCGUUUGGUUUCACGGUUGGCCCAAUUUGUUUCAAAUAAAUCAAAUCAUUUUUUAACUUUAAUUGGCAAGACUGAAGCGCGAUUGUAUAUUAUACGAUAAUUGUUUUUUCGUUAUCUUGUCUUCCGGAUGUUCUAACACGUUGCCGUAAUUAGCAGAUAAUUUAUUAAUC